AUGAGUGAAUGCAAAUGUAGUUUAGAAUUUGAAUAUAGCAAAAUAUACCCAAUUGCAAUGAUUCAAGUACCAGAAGUUCUUGAACAGGAUUUGCUGGUUAUAAGCUCAUCUGCAGAAUAUUUAGAACAAGAGUUACCUGGGUAUACGCCGGAGCAAAUAUGGAUUGGAUUUGAGCGUUGUGGAUAUGAUCCACAACCUGUACCACAAUAUAUCAAAAGCGGAGGUAAUUUGGAAGUUUUACCAUUCCAUUUGAAAACAAAAGAUUGGAAUGAGAUUUCGCCAUGCAGACAGAGUGCCAUAAGGGUAAUGUACUACAACCCAAAUGCAUUCUUUUAUCGAAAUAGACCUCCUGGAGAGGAACCUAUGUUCGGUCCCUGGUCAGAAGAAGAAGAAAUCGCAUUCCACGAUCGUUUACAACUCUUCAAAGCAUUUGGAAUCGCAGAGAAACAUUGGGGUAUAUUUGCUGCCACACAAAAAAGAUUUGGUUAUACUUGUGCUUCGCAUUAUAAAAAAGAUUAUGAUCCGUUACGAUUUAAAGAUCGUCCAAAGCCGGAAAUUCCGAAUAUUCCAAAAGACCAAAUACUAGAAUAUCUCAGAAAAGAAGCUUUCGAUAUCGUAGUCGCUUGUAUCAAAAAUGCCGGGCAGUCAAAAGCGCAAAUAAUUUCCAGAUCUACAAAUCAGACAAUUCCUUCAAAACCAAAAAUUCGAAAUAGAACAGAGAAACUAGAAAUUACUUCAAAUAUUUUACUGGAAGAUGAUGAUCCAAUUAUCUCCAGGCGACAAUAUCAAGAAAAACAACUGAACAAGACGCAGGAGGUUAUUAGUGAACCAUCUGCCGAUAUGAAUCUCGGAAUAUUGUCUUCGUGCUCUUCAGAUACUCCGAAAAACGAAAAAGAGCAAAAGUCCAUAAACUUGGCUUUAGGAGCAAAGGAUAUGGUUACAGGAUUACCUAUGAGAACUCCAAUGGUUAACCGCGACGGUUUUGUCCUCGAUAAAAAUACAUGGCUUCAAAUAGUCACUGGGCGUAUAAAAUGCCCAUUUGACAUUACUACUCUUUCGAUAGACGAUUUAACUGAAGUUACCAAUGAGAAUUUUGAUAGACUUAGUCCAUAUAUUAUGAAUAUUGUUUUCUAA